AAGCAAACAAUGGCACGAACCAAGCAGACUGCCCGUAAGUCCACCGGAGGCAAAGCCCCCAGAAAGCAGCUGGCCACCAAGGCUGCCCGUAAGAGCGCCCCGGCCACCGGCGGCGUGAAGAAGCCUCACCGAUACAGGCCCGGUACCGUGGCUCUGAGAGAGAUCCGUCGCUACCAGAAGUCCACGGAGCUGCUGAUCCGCAAGCUGCCCUUCCAGCGUCUGGUGAGAGAGAUCGCCCAGGAUUUCAAGACGGACCUUCGUUUCCAGAGCUCCGCUGUCAUGGCUCUGCAGGAGUCCAGCGAGGCUUACCUAGUGGGUCUGUUUGAGGACACCAACCUGUGCGCCAUCCACGCCAAGAGGGUCACUAUCAUGCCCAAAGACAUCCAGCUGGCGCGUCGCAUCCGCGGGGAGAGAGCUUAACAAGUUUUCGCCGACAAACCCCCACAACGGCUCUUUUAAGAGCCACCUCACCGCCUCUGAAAAGCAUGUUCCUCACAUACUUGCAAUAUAUUUCUUACUUUUUCUUCACGUUUCUGCCGUUCUGGAAAUUAUAUAUAAUCGGCUUUUGGCUAUUUUGCAGCGAGCUAGCCCCUAAUGUUUAUUAUAGUCACUGCUUGAAACCUAUAAUGUAACUCCACACCGACUUCAUCAUAUCUGAGUUCGAUGGACUUGGGUAAAAUAAAC